AUGGAAGUUCCAGCCUCCAUGGUUAAACGUUGGCUGAUUGGUCCAAUUUGUACAACUCAUUCAGUUGAAGAAUGGCAGCUAUUGUUGGUCUUGGGGGUGUCACUGCCAAGGCUGAGAACCGGACAGGAGGAGGAGGCAAAAAAGGAGGAGGUGGCAGUUGAGAUUGAACCCAAGACUGGGGUCUCCUUUCCAUUUAAACUGGAUGAUGGGAAACAGUUGGGUUGUGUUGGUCUGAGGAAGAAAUCCAUGCUUGGCAUAGGCAUCAAGAUUUAUGGAUUCGGGAUUUAUGCAGACAAUGAGAAGCUGAGAGAACUUCUCAAGUUGAAAAUUGGGAAGGCCCCAGCAAAACCCACGAAGGAUAUGUAUCAGUUGGUGAUUGACAGUGAUGCCGAGAUGAUGGUCAGGUUAGUGAUCGUAUUUUCCAGCCUCACCAUGAACAUGGUAAGAAAGAAUUUUGAUGAAGGUCUUGGAGCAUCAAUCAAGAAACUUACUGGUGGCAAGAAGAACGAGGCACUCGCAAAUAAGGUAAUGGGACAAGCAUCAGAUGACAUUAAGCUAACCUCUGGUUCUGUGAUUGAGAUUUCUCGGCUUCCGGGAAACAUUCUCCAAACCAAAGUGAUUGGUGAGGUGGUCAGCAAGGUUGAGAGUGAACUCUUGUGCAGGGCCUAUGUGAACAUGUAUCUGGGAGACGAUCCCUUGGACAAGGAUACCCAGGAGAAGUUCGGAAUGUCCCUGCCUUCACUCUUCUAAGCACCAAAAACAUAUAAGAUUCUACCACCUAGUGACUGAGAAAUUAC